CCCCAAAGACCUCCUGUCCCAAACUCUGCUAGGAUUUCACUCUUCCUGGGAUGUAGAAGAGAGCAGUAGUUGGUGGAAUCCUAGCCAACCCUAAGUAACAGGAAUAACCUCAACAGUUCUCCUGGGAACCGUGAUUUGAUUUGUUUUCUGAAACAUUGAUUCUUUGGUCACAGGUAAGAGGGAUCAUUGUGCUGUUUGGCUGAUUGCACAAGGAGAAACUCAGAUUGCAGCAAUGCCUGUCUCUGGAACACCUGCUCCAACCAACAAGAGGAAGAAGCCUUCAAGAAUCAUCACAGACUUCUCAAACAUCUCACAACAUGACCAGCAAGAUGAGGAUGCUGAAGCUGCUGAACUGGACUUGGGGACCAAAAUCAAAGCCCCUAAAGAAGUGAUGUUGGAGGAGCUGUCCCUCAUGAAGAACAAAGGCUCCAAAAUGUUCAAGAUGAGACAGGAGAGGGUGGAGAAAUUCAUCGUCAGUGAUGAGAACCUGCUAAACCUUCAGAUUCUGGCUCCUUCUCUGGGAUGUGAAAUGACUGCUCCACCUGAACCCUCUCCCAAUCCAGAGCCACCUCAAGCAGAGGAAGUAAAUGAUGAGGCAGAGAAGGAAAAGAGACAGCGUGAGUAUGUAAGAACAUAUGUAUCACCAUGGGAACGUGCUAUGAAAGAUGAUGAGGAACUUAAAGAAACCAUGAAGUUGAAAAUGCCAGGGCCCCAAGUUCACAAGGAGCUUCCCAAGUACAAGAGUUUCAACAGAACUGCUCUACCCUUUGGAGGAUUUGAGAAGGCAUCUCGUCUUGUCACCUUUGAGCAACCAGAGAUCAAGGAUGAGGAGCCGCAGCCAGUGUCUGUGUUGCAGUAUAACAUUUGCUGUCGGCCUUCUUUCAACCGCACUCCCAUCGGCUGGACAUGCAAUGAGGAGCACAGCCACAUCCACAUGGAGAUGGAAAACAUCCCCUUUGAUGGAGAGACUGAUGACCUCUAAGAAACCUGCCCAUCAUAUAUAAACAACACAGACAUGUAUAAAUAUACACAAAAAACAACAUAAAUAUUCUAACAUGAAGGCCAGGUACACAUGCGUAAGCACAUACACAGACCAGCAAACAGGGACCUUAUGCACUCACCCCCCAAAACUAUGACUUAUUCAUAUUUGCAAGAGAAUAGAAUCAUCUUUGCCCUUUCUCCCAUUGUUUUGUGUGCUGUUUUCUUUGGAAACCCAUCACUGCAUGUUGUGAUUAGCUAGUUCAUAUGUUACCAGACACAUUAUAUGCCUAAUUGACUGCACUGGUAUUUAUGAUAGAAAUAUACACACAUACACAUCUAAAUAAUAGGCAAAAAAUUAUCAAGCACUAAAAUAAACAUUUAUCCCUAAACAGAA